CGGAAGUGGUGGGCGGCCCCGCCCCCUGCCGGGGUCUCUGUGGAGCCGCCGACGCGCCGGCUUUGAGCAUCCCUGGCGGGCCUGGCGGGAGGCCCCGGGGCUGUGGCUCCGGCGGCCGAGGCUCGGCCCGCCGUCGACAUGGCCAGCUCCGGAGAGGACACGUCCAACGAUGGUGACGCGCCCCCUGCAGCGGCCUCGAUGGCGGAUGGCGCCCACCUGCUGGGCUUCUCCGACGAGAUCCUCCUGCACAUCCUGAGCCACAUCCCCAGCACAGACUUGGUUCUCAACGUCCGGCGCACCUGCCGGAAGCUCGCAGUGCUGUGCCUGGACAAGAGCCUCAUCCACACGGUGCUGCUGCAGAAGGACUAUGAGGCGAGCGAGGACAAGGUGAAGCAGCUGGUGAGGGAGAUCGGCCGCGAGAUCCAGCAGCUCAACAUGGCCGGCUGCUACUGGCUGUCCGGCUCCACCAUCGAGCACGUGGCCCGCUGCCGCGGCCUGGUGAAGGUGAACCUGUCGGGCUGCCGCCUCACGUCGCUGCGCCUCUCCAAGAUGCUGUCAGUCCUGCAGCACCUGCGCUCCCUGGCCAUCGACGUGAGCCCCGGCUUCGACGCCAGCCAGCUGAGCGGCGAGUGCAAGGCCACGCUGAGCCGCGUGCGGGAGCUCAAGCAGACGCUCUACACGCCGUCCUACGGCGUCGUGCCCUGCUGCACCAGCCUCGAGAAGCUGCUGCUCUACUUCGAGAUCCUCGACCGCACACGCGAGGGCGCCAUCCUCUCGGGCCAGCUCAUGGUGGGCCAGAGCAACGUGCCCCACUACCAGAACCUGCGGGUCUUCUACGCACGGCUGGCCCCCGGCUACAUCAACCAGGAGGUGGUGCGGCUGUACCUGGCCGUGCUCAGCGACCGCACGCCCGAGAACCUCCACGCCUUCCUCAUCUCCGUGCCUGGCAGCUUCGCUGAGAGCGGGGCCACCAAGAACCUGCUGGACUCCAUGGCCCGCAACGUCGUGCUGGACGCCCUGCAGCUGCCCAAGUCCUGGCUCAACGGCUCGUCCCUCCUCCAGCACAUGAGGUUCAACAACCCCUUCUACUUCAGCUUCAGCCGCUGCACGCUGUCCGGCGGCCAUCUGAUCCAGCGGGUCGUCAAUGGCGGGAAGGACCUGCGCAGCCUGGCCAGCCUGAACCUCAGUGGCUGCGUGCACUGCCUGUCGCCGGACUCCCUGCUCCGCAAGGCGGAGGACGAUAUCGACAGUGGCAUCCUGGAGACGCUGGUGGCGGCCUGCUGCAACCUGCGCCACCUCAACCUCUCGGCCGCCCACCACCACAGCUCUGAGGGCCCCGGCAGGCACCUGUGCCAGCUGCUGGCCCGGCUGCGCCACCUGCGCUCCCUGUCCCUGCCCGUCUGCUCCGUGGCCGACUCGGCGCCGCGGGCCGACCGCGCCCCCGCCCAGCCCGCCAUGCAUGCCGUGCCCCGUGGCUUUGGCAAGAAGGUCCGCAUCGGCGUGCAGUCCUGUCCCAGCCCCUUCUCCAGCCAGGCGGUCCCUCAGCCGUCCUCCGUGUUCUGGUCUCUGCUGAAGAACGUGCCCUUCCUGGAACGCCUCGAGCUGAUCGGCUCCAACUUCUCCUCCGCCAUGCCGCGCAACGAGCCCGCCAUCCGCAACUCCCUCCCGCCCUGCAGCCGGGCGCAGAACGUCGGGGACUCGGAGGUGGCCGCCAUUGGCCAGCUGGCCUUCCUGAGACACCUGACGCUGGCCCAGCUGCCCAGCAUUCUGACGGGCUCCGGGCUGGUGAGCAUCGGCCUGCAGUGCCAGCAGCUCCAGUCCCUCUCGCUGGCCAACCUGGGCAUGAUGGGGAAGGUGGUAUACAUGUCCGCCCUCUCGGACAUGCUGAAGCACUGCAAGCAGCUGAAGGACCUCAGGCUGGAGCAGCCCUACUUCAGCGCCAACGCGCAGUUCUUCCAGGCGCUGAGCCAGUGCUCCGCGCUGCAGCGCCUCUGCCUGGUCUCCCGCAGCGGCACUCUGCAGCCCGAGGCCGUGCUGGCCUUCAUGGCCCGCUGCCUGCACGUCGUCGUGUGCCACAUGUUCACUGGGGAGUCCCUCACCACCUGCAAGAGCCUGCAGCAGUCCCUCCUGCGAAGUUUCCAGGCCGAGCGGCCCGCGCUGAAUGUCGUCAUCUUCCCUCUGCUCCACGAGGGCCUGACCGAUGUCAUCCGCGACGUCCCCAUGGUGCACCUGGACGAGAUCACCUUAUUUAAAAGCAGAGUGGCCGAGGAGCCGCCAAACCUGUGGUGGUGACAGGCACGGCCCAGCACCGGGCGAAGCUGCUUCUGCUGGCCGAGCCGCCCUGGCCGCGCCCGUCGCCUCCGUGAGUCUCCAUGGCCGAGGAAGCACGACCGCCCCGUACUGCGCUCCUCGGCCACCACUGCUGUUCGCCGCCUGCCCGGCCCCUGGGGACCCUGUGGUGGGUCACAAGAGGAAGGAAGGCGCUCUCCCUGGCUGUCCUGCACACCCGCCUGUCCCCCGGGGCCUUGCGAUGCCUCCUCCCGCUUUCCUGUGUGAGGACUUGUUGCUUGGUGAACUCUGGGUUGAGAUGGUGUGCAGAGGACCAGGCGGGCAAGCUGGCGGUCAGGGCGACCUGUGGGCCUGGCCGUGGCUGUUCGGGAACUGAGACACCCAUCGUUGGAGCCCUGACUCCUUGGGAGCCCUGACCAGGUCCCCAGAGCCCAGCGUGGGCCCACUGCUGCCCCCCUCACUUCAACCCCUGAGUGUCCCUUUGCUCUUGUGCUCCUGGUCACCUGCCACCAGGCUCCAUGCAGGGGUGUGCUGGGGCCCGGUGCUGGGGGUGACUGUGAAGGGGGGUGGACAUGCCUGCCCUGUGAGAUGUCCACACUGACGUCUGUGACAGCGAGGCCCAUGACCACGUCUGAGUGCCCACCCCGCCCCACCCCCCCCCCCCCCCCGGGGCCAGCUGUGCACGUGACGCAGCGAGGAGCUCGCAGGCCUUAUGGCUGCAGACUUGGGGCUCUCAUUCCCAAUAAGGCGUGUUUUAACCUAAUGACGUCUCCCGUAUGUUUCCAGCCAGGUGAUGUCAGACAAGUUCAGGCCACUGGGGGCAAGGAUUGCUGGGGGCCCGGGCAGGGUCUGCCAUGUGGCGGACGGCGGUCGCCGCAUACAGUGGAGAUCUGGAUUUCUGGGGAGGCACAGACAUACCUGGGUUCAUUAGAGAAACUUGAAGUAUUAAAACCCAGAAAGGAUGUUUAGGGCCAGAGUCGUGAUCAGGUUACCUGUUCAAGAUAGCUUUAUUUAGCACUUUAAAAAAGUUCCACGCAGCUAUUCCAAAAAUGGGGAAGGCCCAGAGUGCAGGGCCUCACCCUGGUGUCUCUGCUUGCUUAACCGUGAGGUCUCCCCAGCACCGUCAUCCCGUCAGCGGGUGGGCUUCUGAGGGGCCACCGUUGGGGCCUCUCCACCUGGUCGCUCUCGGUGAUGCUCCUGGAGACUUCCAGGGAAUGCUGGGCGCCCUUGGGGCCACUGCCAGCCAGGGCGCCUCAGUCUCCACAGAGGCUGCCUCCCCAGGCCCUGGGCCUGUCUCCCGCAGACUUCCUCUCCCUCUGGGCGGGGGGUGCGGAGCCCACCAGGCCCUGCUCACCCUGCUGGUGCCCAUCCUGCCUGCCGUCUGUCCCAUGGCCCCCAGCCCGGCCAUCUUCCUGCUCUCUUUCCACAGGGACGGGCACCCCAUUCCUUGUAGCGUGUCCUACAGUUUACCUGCCAUUGAGAGGCCGGAUCCCUGGUCCCUGGGCUUUCACUCACCUGCCCUUCCCUGGUUCUGGAGGGCAGCCGGGUCUGCAGCCCGCUCCCCACUGGGCCAGGGGGUCUGGGAGGCCUUCUGACGGUGGCUGCAGGAACUGAGGCCUCCAGGGGCUCUGGCCGAAUCUUCCAGACGGACAUGCAAUGUGUCUGCGGCUCUGGCUGUGCCAUCGUCUCCCCUGACUGAGCGGACGCCGCGUGUGUGGGUGGAGCAGGCCUGAGCGCUCCUCCCCUCGCCCCGCUUUCCUUGCCGCGGCUGGUCAGUUGUCUCUGCGGCACAGCUGCCCGCCCCCUGCCCCGCGCUGAGGCUGGCGGCUCUUUGCCUCCUGGCUGGAGUGGCUGGUCUGCGGGCUGCCUCUCGUGAAAGCCCAGCGGCCUGAGGCCACAGCCUGGGGCCCGUCUCUUCCUGGCCUCACAGGCCGCGGGACAGGCUGCCCUGGACCCGGAGAGGUGGGACUAAGGUCCCCAUUAGGGCCACACGGCUGUAGACAAGGGUCUGAGAGGCGAUGGGAGCACCCCCCCCCCCCCCC